AUGUCCUCAGUUGCUGAUUCUACAUUUGUCACGCCUUCUUCUUAUGUUGGUUUUGAUACUAUUACGGCGCAAAUUGAACACCGUUUGUUAAAGAGGGGUUUUCAGUUUAAUAUUAUGGUUGUUGGUCACUCUGGUUUAGGUAAGAGUACUUUGAUUAACAGUUUAUUUGCUUCUCAUUUGAUUGACUCUUCGACCGGAAAGGAUAUUACCAAGGAGCCUAUCACCAAGACUACUGAGAUUAAGGUGUCUUACCACUCUUUAAUCGAAGACAAGGUUCGUUUGAAUGUUAACUGUAUUGAUACGCCUGGUUUUGGUGACCAGAUUAAUAAUGACAAGGUCUGGGAACCUAUUGUCAAAUAUAUUAAGGAACAACACUCUCAAUAUUUGCGUAAGGAGUUGACUGCUCAACGUGAAAAACAUAUUGUUGAUACACGUGUUCAUGCUGUCUUAUACUUCAUUCAGCCUAAUGGUAAAGGGUUGACGCAGUUAGACAUUGCUGCCUUGAAGAGGUUAACUGACAUUACCAAUGUUAUUCCUGUUAUUGCAAAGGCGGACACUUUAACGAUGGAUGAACGUGCAAAGUUUAGGGAGAUUAUUCAACACGAGUUCAAAAAACACAGCUUUAGAAUAUAUCCUUAUGAUUCCGAUGAUUUAACGCCAGAGGAAUUGGAACUAAAUGAUAGCAUACGGUCCAUCAUUCCAUUUGCUGUUGUGGGUUCCGAAAAGGAGAUCACUAUCAAUGGCGAGGUUGCCAGGGGUAGAAAGACACGUUGGGGUGCUAUAAAUCUAGAGGACAUCAAUCAAUGUGAGUUUGUCUACUUGAGGGAGUUUUUAAUCAGAACCCACUUGCAAGACUUAAUUGAGACUACGGCAUUGAUUCACUAUGAAAGCUUCAGGUCGAAACAAUUGAUUGCUCUAAAGGAGAACGCUAACUCUCGUGCCAUUGGACAUGCUUCUCAAAACUCUAGCACGAAUAUGUUGCGCUGA